CUUGUCUGUCUCUCUGCUCGCUGCGCGCGCCGCUUCCCUUGUCUUUCUCUCUCUCUCCCAGCGCGUGCGGGGAAGAGGCAGGGCCCCAGCGGGUGGCGGAGCGUCUCCCUCUCGAGGCCGCCAGCGCCGCGCCCCCCCCAGCCUCCCACGAGGCCCAGCUUCUUCGCGCGCGGGCGCGUGUGUGCAGCUGUGCGCGCGCGGCUGCUGCUGUUGCUUCUCCUGCGCCUCCUCCCCUCAGUGCGGUGGUGGCAAUGUCUGCUCCUGCGACGGCCCCUGCCCCUGCGGAAGCUGCUGGCGGAGGCGGCGCCGGCGCCGCUGGGGACAAGCAGCGCUCUCCCUCCGCCGCCCCGCUCAACGUGGAAGGCAUCGACCUGCUGGAGAAAUGCGGCGUGUGCCGGGAGAAGCUGCGCUCCGAGCGGGACCCGCGCCUCCUGCCUUGCCUCCACACCGUCUGCAAGGAGUGCAUGAAGGUCGAGCCCGCCGUAGCCGCUGCAGCAGCCGGCGGCAACAACAAGGAUGGCCAAGUGGUUGACUGCCCAGUGUGCAAGCACCAGUGUUACCUAAAAGACAUAGUAGAGAACUACUUCCUGCGGGAUGGUGCAACAGAGUCUUUUGGGGAUGCCAGAGAAGCUAACCAGUGCUGCACCAGCUGUGAAGACAAUGCCCCGGCCACCAGCUACUGUGUGGAGUGCCAAGAGCCCCUGUGCGAGACUUGCGUGGAGGCUCACCAGAGAGUGAAGUACACUAAGGAACACACUGUCCGGUCCACAGGCUCUUCCAAAUCCCAGGAGAGAGAGAAGACAGUGUACUGCUCCGUCCACAAGCAUGAGCCACUGGUGUUGUUCUGCGACACUUGCGACACCCUCACCUGCCGGGACUGCCAGCUGAAUGUGCACAAGGAUCACCAGUACCAGUUCUUGGAGGAUGCAGUCAAGAACCAACGCAAGAUGCUGGCCUCGUUGGUAAAGCGCCUGGGAGAUAAGCAUGCCAACCUCCAGAAGUCAACCAAGGAAGUGCGAACCUCGAUCCGGCAGGUGGCAGAUGUGCAGAAGCGAGUGCAGGUGGAUGUGAAGAUGGCCAUCCUGCAAAUCAUGAAGGAGCUCAAUAAGCGGGGCAAGGUGCUCGUUAACGACGCGCAGAAAGUCACCGAAGGGCAGCAGGAGAAACUGGAGAGGCAACACUGGGCCAUGACAAAGCUCCAGCGCCACCAGGAGCAUAUCCUACGCUUUGCUAAUUGGGCCCUGGAAAGCGACAACAACACCGCCUUGCUGCUUUCGAAGAAGCUGAUUUACUUCCAGCUGCACAGGGCUCUCAAAAUGAUCGUUGAUCCUGUGGAGCCCCAUGGAGACAUGAAAUUCCAGUGGGACUUAAAUGCUUGGACCAAGAGCGCAGAGACAUUUGGUCAGAUAGUCUCGGAGCGGAGUGGCUUGCUGGCAACCCCUAAUGCCCAGACUCCCCAACAGCGGGCCAACGCUACCUCUGCUGCAUCUGGAGGAGUGGCAGUCAGGCAGGGCUCUGUUCCUCCUUCUCAGCCAAUGGACAUGGGUGACGGCUUUGGCGUAGAAGGAUCGUACUCUGGUGAAGCCAAUGUUUCUGGAAUGAAGAGGACCCGUGGCCAAGAUGGAGAGAGUGGCACCGUGCGCAAGGUGCCCCGUGUCAGUCUGGAGCGGCUGGAUGUGGACCUGACAGCGGACAACCAGCCACCUGUCUUCAAGGUGUUUCCUGGCUCUUCCACUGAAGACUUCAAUCUCAUUGUGAUCGAACGUGGGGUUCAGCAAGCUGCAGCUGCCGCUGCCCAUUUAGCAGGGCUGCCGGCAGCAGUGAAGGAGGAGCAGAUGGAGGCAGCUAUUGACCACCCAGCUUCUGUUGAUGCUAAAGACACUAAGCCAGUGGUGCUCCCCCAGGAUGCUUUGAUUCCAGAAGGCUCCUCAGCGCCCCGGCUCAUCUCCCCCAGUGGCAGCACCAGCUCUGCUAUGGAAAUGCAGUCUGUUCACAGCCACGAUGGCGCUGCCAACGGGGACGAAGCUGCUUCCUGCAGAGUCUGCCUGAAAGCUGGUGCUGUAGUCAUGUGUGAUGGCUGCAAGAAGUGCUACCACCUGGAUUGUCACCUGCCUGCUCUCCAGGAAAUCCCCAGCCAGGAAUGGAAGUGUCUGUUGUGUGAGCAGCCAGUGAGAGCCAUUGAAGAGGAUGGGACCGACUUGACUCCAGUCUCCAUAGAUGGGGAGGUGAAGCUGCUGUCAGUUGCUGACCAGCAGAGAUGUGAGCAGGUUCUCCUUGAGUUACUGUGUUAUGAGCCAUGCAGGCCGCUCCACCGGCUCACCAAUACCCUAGAGGGGCAGAACACCAUUGACUUGACCUUGAUCAGAGCCAAGCUGCAGCGGAAGCUCUCACCACCCUAUGGCUCUCCUGAUGAAUUUGCAGAGGAUGUCUGGAAGAUGUUCAGGCAGUUUAAUAAGCUGACAGAGGACAAGGAAGAUGUCCAGUCCAUCAUUGGGCUGCAGCGCUUCUUUGAGGCUAAGCUGAGCGCUGCCUUUGGCGACCGGAAGUUCUCGGCGCUCCGUGACCCCAUCAAUGUGGAUGAGCCGCAGGAAGGUGGCACUCUACAAGCCACCGACCUUGGUGAGGCCACCUCUUCUAAGGCUGAUGAGAGCGGUGAGGACGAGGAAAUGGCCACCUAAAAAGAAGUGAAGAAGCUGCUCCUAACAGACGGACCAGCAUUCCACGAAGGAGGGGAAAUGUUUUUUUUCUUUUUUGGGGGGCGGCGGCACCCUCUUGAAGCUGCCUUCAUUUUGUCUCUGCCCUCCACUCUUCUGGUCUUUCUUGUUCCCUUCUGCACCUCUCUGCCUUUUUUUUUUUUUAAAAAAAGAGUUACUGUAGAACUCGACUGCUUAGAUAAUGGUUAUAAAUAGUCUGACCUGUUCUCUCUUUUUUUCGCUUGAAAAAUUUUAUGCCCUUGUUCUGACAGAUACACUUUGUGUUUUUUUGUUUGUUUUGUUUUUGUAUUGGAAUGGAAAUUGAUUCGGGGCAAUCCAGAACCCUAUAACUUGCUCUCCUCUUGUAUUCCUUUCUUGCUCCAAGUGGGAACAAAGUUGUAGUUCCCUUUUUAUUAUUUUUUUAAAUUCUCCCACUCCCACCCCCCCAGUCCUCACCUCCACACACCAAGGAGGGAGGUUUUGGCCCAGAAACAAGUUGGAUCUCCUAACAGAAAAUCUCUGCCACUUAAAAGAUACUUGACUGCCGUGAGAGUUCCUUUCCUUGUCUGUUUUUCAAGUCUGAAUUUUUGAACAGUGUUUUUUCUCAAUUUAUAUGCAGUCCUAGUGAAAAUCAACCUGGACAUCUAAUAGAUGCAACUGUAGUUGGGCCUUCGUGACAGCUGUUUUCUGAGGUGGUGGUGAUUUGAUUAUAUAUUUUUUUAUUCCUGUGUCCAAAUAGAGCUCCUUGCUUUUUCUAUUCGUUUGUUGAAGAGGAGAGAUGUCUGUUUUCAUAAGUCAAGGUAGUUGUAGGUUUUUAAAUCCAGUUGUCCCUUCCGUGUAGCCAUACUUUUUGGCUGUACGUAUCUUCAAAAGCUUUCUGUCCCAGUAGUUUAUCCUCACUAUCCCAAGAGCCAUUCUCAUGAAAAUGUGCUUUUUUUUUUUGCUUAUGUAUAUUUUAGACUUUGCUUCUUUCAUGUUCGAGAAAAAUAAAAGAUGUUUGCAA